AUGGCCCCCUCCAGCCCCUCUUCCCCAGCAGCAGAACGCUCCACGCCAGCACAGCUGCAUCAUCGCAUUGUUUCCAUUCGAAGCGCCCAGGGACCUUUCUCAGCAGCGUCAGCCGAUGCACGCCCGGACGAUGGGGCCGGGAACACGUACAGCCUGCGGCCCGGCCUGCAGCGCCGAUUUAAAUCAUCCACAGUGAAAGAAUGCAUCCAUACAAUACUGAAGGAGAAGCUGGCCAAUGUACAGUACAUCCCAGAAGAAAUGCCUCAGCUUACAAAGUCUUUAUCAGAGACAAUAAAAGACAGAUUGAAAGAGGAGGGAUUUGACAGGUACAAAAUGGUGGUACAAGUUGUCAUUGGAGAGCAGAGAGGAGAAGGAGUGAACAUGGCUGCACGAUGUUUCUGGGAUGCUGACACUGACAACUAUGCUCAUGAUGUGUACAUGAAUGACAGCCUGUUUUGUGUGGUAGCUGCGUUUGGCUGUUUCUACUAUUGAGGAUGGUAAACAUUGCACAGAAGGUCAGAGGUGGGGGAGAAUGCUUUAGGGUAUUUCUUGUUAAGAUGCACAAAAGCAUCAUGUUCUUCUUUUUGUACCUAACAAAAUAACAGCUCUACAAAGCAUGUCCUACACCUGUUCUACACACUACAACAUUCCUUAUUCCUUGUGGAUUUUGAUACAGCUUUAAGCACAGUAUUAUUACAUCCUUUACUUAAAUUGUCCGUUGUUUUUAUAUAGUGUGUUGGUUUUGUCCUAAAAGUGUAUUGCCUUUGUUUCUAAGGCAAACUCAACUUUUGUCUUGAAAGGGUUUUGUUGCUUUUAUUUUUUGUUAAUUUUCUGAAAUGAAUGAAAUAUUUAUAAGAAAUGUAACAUAAUA